AAAGCCUGACUGCACUUUCACCCAGAGCGAAGACUUCGAGCAAAGCUAGGCAGAGACGCAUUAGAUUGCAACAUCUCUUCCUUUUUCUUUCGCAGACACGCCGUCUCUCACUUUCUCGCACAUUUCUUUCACUCACGCCCUUACCCCCCUCUUUUUUCGCGCCCGCACCCCCCACCCAUUCUCUCCCUCACCUACACUUUCUCUCUCCCUCCUCAUCACGCACACAUUCUUUUUCUCCCACACACACCCCACACACACGCGCGCGCGCCACACAGCAAUCACAAAAGCCCGCUGGAAGCCGAGGGGUGGCAGCGUGUAGCUCGCUUGGCGACAGGCAAUUUCCUCCAGUAAAUUGCACCGAGCCUUUUCAGCCCACCUUUCCUUUCUCUUUGCCUUGCCUCCUUCCCUCCCCUUUCCUUUAUUCCUAUUUUUUCCGGUUUCUCACUCCCCCACCCCACCCCAAGGACAAAUCCCCUCCCUCAGUAGUCUUGGGAAAGGAGAGGGAGGGUGUGGGGGGUGUCGGCUGGGGUGGGACUGAAGCGCUGUGAUUAAGGCUCUCUCCCAGGAGCCGAAGCGCGCGCUCUCCAGAUGCUGCUUUCCGAAGCACUCGGUGGCAGCCCUGAGGAGGAGGAGGACGCGGCGGCGGCAGCGGUCGGAGCGAAGGUGGCGGCAGCAGUAACCAUGGACAAGCGGGCAUGAGCUGGUGCUAGAGAAGCCGCUGCCACCGGUGUGCUGCUUGUUGUUGCUGUCCGCUCGGCCCGAAGCCAGGUGGCUCCAUGUGGUGACCAGGAGGGCGCUCUGGCGGCGGCUUUUGCUUGCAUGCCCUUAGCCAUUCGGCGAUGGCUUCCCGCCUAGGCUGAGACGAGCCCAGCGCCUGUCUCCGUUGCGCUUGGCAGGGCGCGCGAGGAGCGCAAGACAGAGCGGCCAUGGCUGCGGCCAUCGCCAGCGGCUUGAUCCGGCAGAAGCGCCAAGCGCGCGAGCAGCACUGGGACCGGCCCUCAGCCAGCAGGAGGCGCAAUAGCCCCAGCAAGAACCGCGGGCUUUGCAACAGUAACCUGGUGGAUAUCUUCUCCAAGGUCCGCAUCUUUGGCCUCAAGAAGAGAAGGUUGCGGCGCCAAGAUCCCCAGCUCAAGGGUAUAGUGACCAGGUUAUAUUGCAGGCAAGGCUACUACUUGCAAAUGCACCCCGAUGGAAGUCUCGAUGGAACCAAGGAUGACAGCAGUAAUUCUACAUUGUUCAACCUUAUACCAGUGGGACUUCGAGUUGUCGCUAUCCAGGGUGUAAAAACAGGCUUAUAUAUAGCCCUAAAUGGAGAAGGAUUCCUUUAUACGUCAGAACUUUUUACACCGGAAUGCAAGUUUAAAGAGUCUGUUUUUGAAAACUAUUAUGUAAUCUACUCAUCAAUGCUCUACAGACAACAAGAGUCAGGUAGGGCCUGGUUCUUGGGGCUCAAUAAAGAAGGGCAAGUCAUGAAAGGAAACAGAGUGAAGAAAACAAAACCAGCAGCUCAUUUUCUACCGAAGCCAUUGGAAGUUGCCAUGUAUCGAGAACCAUCUUUGCAUGACGUUGGAGAAACAGUGCCAAAGGCUGGGGUGACUCCAAGUAAAAGCACAAGUGCAUCGGCAAUAAUGAAUGGAGGCAAACCAGUUAACAAGAGUAAGACAACAUAGCCAGAUCCUCAUGGGUAUUGUGACUUAUUGAGCUCUCUAAGUACAGCUGAGCACUUUAUCCUUGCAAGACUGUCUCACUCUGGUGUCUGCGGAUCAGCUGGAGGCAAGCAAAUGCUUGCUCUUCCCUCGGUCCACACUAGGUUAUUGCAAACGGAUAAAUCUCAACCUGUAACUCCUCCCACAGCAAAGAAGACACCUGGAUAACCAGCUGAACUCAGACCAUGGAAUGCCCUACCAGAUAUGGAAUGCCUUUUUAAUAUCUUUUCUGUGACUGUGACACCUCAUGUGAAUGACAUACUUCACAAGUACACUUGAUAUCCUGCCUGCUGACAGUUACCCAUAAUCCCCCUUUUGAGUCCAGGAAACCCAUGUGUUUUAAGUUCAAUUUUGUAGCACACAAAAUUAUAUCAAGUAAUUUCUAGAUAGAUGCUGUAAACCUGUGCUAUUAUGGAUUUCUCUCCUUCCCCCCUUUUUUACGAGGCUGCUCGCUCCGCUGUCUGUCUCUCCUUUGCAGGGAUUGUGUUUCUCUCAGAUUUAGAUGUUGCUGGUGGCUUAGUUUUGAAAAGCAAUCAGGGAAUCAGGGGAGCCUUCGAAACCCUAUAGGAAUGAUAAAAGAAUAAAAUCAUUGUCUCAGAGUUACAAAUGGGGAUUUGAUGUGAAUACACUUUCGUGCACUCCUGAGGUUGGCAUUACUGUGGAGGAAAAAGCAUCAAACAUGGCCAGUCAACAAUCCCUUGAGGCCAAUGUUUGACAUCCCCCUGGCAGUUUCUUUUUGUGUGCGUGUGUGUGUUUUAUACAUAUCACAGGCUUACUGGUAAUGGUAACAUUUGCCUUGCCCAGUGAGCAAGACCCACACAUUUUUGGGAAAGUGGGUCAAAAGAACUCUGUAGGCCUUGUAGGCCUGAAUUAAGGCUCAUUUUUCAUCUACUAGUCCUCAUUAUUUGGAAGUCAAAAACAAGAAUUAAGAUGAAUGAGAAUUGCGCUACCUAAGUCCAUUUCCAAAAGAUAGAAUCCUUUUCCUCUUUUUAAUGAAUGGAACGUAAUCCCAUCUUUAUUUUUGGCUGUAGUCCACUCUCUUACUCAGCAAAGCAUGGGCAAGGAAGUUGUUGUGUUCUUUUUUGCAGCACCGAUGCAAAGGGUAGUUACAAAAUAUACUUUAAUAUUUUCAGUGUUCAAAAAAAAAAGGAGGGAAGUUUUUAAACAGGACAUAUUUAAAGAGUUCCUUUGUGUUUCUUUUUUAAAAGAUCAGCAUGCAGAGUUAAAUACUCUUAUGUAUUAUUUCACCAUUACCCUGGCAUCACAUCUUUCCAGUUGAGCUUCUUAGAAUAAUAUAUGCCCACCAAAUUGCUAGGUUUACGGUGCCUUGCCUUGAUCUCAGUAUUCUUUCCAUUGUACUACAUAAACCUAGGAAAAUCCUAAUAUGAUUACAAGGCCAAGAACUUUUAUCAUUCAGUUGCUUAAUAAACAAAAAAUACUGUUGACGUUUCCUGGAUAUCAGUUUAGAGUGUUGAAGAAUUUAAAGGACAAUGGCCCAUAAGAGUCUUAGAAGACAGAACAAAAAUGCUGUAAAACAUUAAACAAGCAGGUAACAAGUUUGUAAGCACUUAUUAGAAGUUACAAAAACAGAAGGCACGAUAUGGACCAAAAUGUACCUCAGUUCUGGAAAACCACGUAUGAGACUACAAGGUGUUCAUUUUCAAGUUUAAGGGUACUUUGUUUCUCAUUUCAUUUCUGAGACUGUAUUUUCAGAAUGGCUUUUAAAAAUUGGUUUACAUUAUUACCCAUUAUGAUCUUUUCACAUUGCCAGCUUGCUUAGGUGGCUAUAGUUUGAUUAUCUCUGGAUGCUUACCAGAUUUUCAUAUGGGCUUCUAUUUUAAUAAGUAGACAAUAUACAGUAUGUCCAUACAGUAUGUCCAAGUAGGUUAUGUAAAGCUGCUUAAUUAGAAAUAUACAAAGUGAUUAUUUUGACUGUUUAAUUUGCAUUUCAUUUUCAUUUAAGGCAAGAGACAAGUUGGUUCUUUUCAACCAGAUCAAUGAAGCACACACAGUAUGUUCAAUUUACAAGUAUUUAACACGACAAAGACAAAGAAAACGAUAGAGAUAUUUUGAAGCACUGAAAACAAGUAUGCAAAAAUAAGUCCUUCCUACCCCUUCACUCAAUGGCUUCUAGGGAAGAAAUUUCUCUGAUAAUCCUCUCAUGAAGAAGCCUAUUUUCCUUUUGUCAGGGUCCUUCACCACCACAGGGCGGGGGGAGGAGCAACUUGCUACCCCCUUCAAUGUAUUGGAUGUUCAGUUCAGGGAUCAUCAAGUGGCUUGGUCUGUUAAUGCACAGAGGCUGUGCAGUAACCCUGAAACUGAAGGUCUCUGCCCAGGUCUCCCAACUGUUCUCAUUUUACCUUCACUUGUGAAAUGUGUUGUUUUUCUCUGGUGCCCCAGCUCCUGCAGCCUGCCUGCUUGAACUUUAACUUGAGAAUUAAGUUUCUGUACUGCACAACUAAAGCUAAACAUUCUGGAAAGUUCUGGAACAGGAAAGCAAAAUAAAAAAUAAAAAUGUGAAAAGUAUCUUUUUUAAACCUUUUGGAAACAAUUUCAUAGAGGUGUUUGGAGGUGGGAGAGGAUCAGACUUGGAAUUUGCAAAUGCUUUCAGAGUUGAGAAGGGAGCAAAAGAGAAAGGAUAGUGUAUUAUCAAUUCAUGUAAGUAAUUUGAUUAGGUCAGAGAAGGAAACAUUUCUACCCCAGCUGUAUCCUAACCCAGAUUGCUCCCACGGAAGCAUAACCCUUUAAGCCCAUUCUACAGGGAACACUUGUUGUGGUGGCUAUUCCUGACCUUUCUAUGCAUGGAGAAGCUUUUGGGACACAAUCAAAGUCUGCAAACUGGGAUCCAUAUCUUUUGCCCCACAUCCAUGUACCCUGGGAUUUGUAUUGCAGUGCCAAUCAAUUGACUAGUUAAUAUAAUUGUAAGGUUGACUUUAUUUUUGUAAAUGCUUAUUACUCUACUGCAAGCAGAACAUACACAUACACUCUUUUGGUCAUCAUCAUCUACACAGAUUGUUUCCAUGGGCGUUUACUUUUCUGACCGGGAAGGUGUUACAACAGUUUCUUUGAUAAUUCAUUUCAACAUCGAGGAGAGAGUUCUUUGUUCCUUGUGCUUUGGUUACUCCUUUAAGUUUGUCUCUUGUCUUAUCUGUUGCAUGGGAAGAGGAUGGUAAUGAUGAACUGCAUGUAGUAGGCUAUAUGUAUCAGACCUGUUGGUAUGUACUACUUAGCUGACAUACAUAUAAGCAACACGUUUGUCUGCAUUGUACAGUUUGUGUUUAUUACCAUUUUGUUGUAUACACAGAUGCAACAUAUUGAAUAAAAUAUUUAUAUGAAGGCAUAUUGAAACAAAACAAAACAAACCAUUUAUAUUUUAAAAAAAGAUUGUGCAAAGUAACAUUGCAUUGGCUGCAGUAUAACAAAAUACCAUGUACAUAGUUUGGCAAAAUUCAAUUCUUUCUCCCCUUGACCAUGCCAAAGAAAAUUUUAGCUCCUUGAUAUAUUACCUCUCUUGCUGUUUUCCAGGACAAGAUGACACCAUUUUGUUCCCUCUCCAAUUAAUUUUGCUGUCAAGUGAAACUUCCUUUCCAACUGUCUGUUACUUACUAAAGAACUGUACAGUAAACCUGAUGGAAUCAAUUUGUAUUUACA